AUGGGUUUAAUUGGUGCUGGGUGGAUACAAAAGGCUUAUGAGGAGUUUGUUGCUACAUUUUGAAGAAGACCAGCUCAGAAGGGAAAAGUAUGGGUUAAGGCUGGCACCUUUGAUGCUGGGUCCCGAAAGGAGGAUACUAAGGAAAAAGGAAAAUUAUACAAACCUACAUCGAAGCUUGCAGAAUUAGCGGAAAAGUUCUCCAGUGCAGAAAAAGCAGCUCAGUAUGCAUCGACGUCGCCCAGGGGUGAUCGGGAUAAGCCUGAUAGACCAGGCAAGAAAAAAGAGAAAGAAAAAAAGAAAAGUAAUUUGGAACUUUUUAAAGAGGAGCUAAAAAUCAUACAGGAAGAAAGAGCAGAAAGACAUCGUAUUAAGAAUAUGUAUCAAACUCGAGAGUCUGGAAAAACUAGUCGUUUUGAAGCUCCAGAACCCAAGAUUCCUGGAUUUCUUGAUGAUGCAAAAAUUGGAAGCUUUGAUCCGGGUGACCCUACAACUACAAAUUUAUACCUGGGAAACUUGAGCCCAAAGAUUACGGAGCAAAGAUUGAUGGAACUAUUUGGAAGGUAUGGGCCACUAGCCUCAAUCAAGAUUAUGUGGCCACGUACAGAUGAUGAGAGGAAUCGUGGACGUAACUGUGGUUUUGUUGCAUUUAUGAAUCGUAAAGAUGGAGAGAGAGCUUUAGCUGCCCUGAAUGGUAAGGAUAUUGAUGGCUUUGAAAUGAAACUUGGUUGGGGAAAGGCAGUUCCUAUUCCCCUACAUCCAAUAUACAUUCCCCCUGCUUUAGUCGAACUCACUUUACCCCCGCCCCCUUCUGGAUUGCCAUUCAACGCUCAACCGGAUAAAAGAGACAGAGACAAGGUGCCUCCCGUUGGAUCAUCAUUCCCAAUCGACGAGUCCAAGCUGGAGUUGGACAAGGUUUUACAAAGGGCUGUUGUCAAAGUGGUUAUCCCAACAGAAAGAUCACUGUUGCAGCUUAUACACCGUACUAUAGAAUUUAUUAUUCGUGAAGGACCUAUGUUUGAAGCCAUGAUCAUGAAUAGGGAGAUAAAUAAUCCAGAAUUCAGGUUCUUGUUUGAAAAUCAGAGUCCAGCACAUGUAUACUACAGAUGGAAACUCUUUUCUAUUCUACAAGGAGAUUCACCUAGUCGGUGGUCAACAAAACCUUUCAGAAUGUUUGAAGGUGGAUCAAUAUGGAAGCCUCCACCCCUCAAUCCAUUUUUACAAGGGAUGCCAGAGGAAUUAAUUAAGAUCGAAGAGGAGGAGGAUGAUAAGAAUAAAAAAGGAUCAUUAUCUAAUGCGCAAAGAGGGAGGUUAGAGUGUAUGAUCCGAAAUUUAAUCCCAGAAAGAGAAAAAGUAGGAGAAGCCAUGGUUUGGUGUAUUGAACAUGCUGAUGCGGCUGAGGAGAUAUGCCAGUGCAUCACAGAAGCAUUAACCAAUAAUGAUACAGCAUUACCAAAAAAAAUAGCAAGAUUAUAUCUAGUAUCUGAUAUCCUUCACAACUGUAGUGUUAAAGUUUCCAAUGCUUCAUUUUAUCGAAAAGGAUUCCAAGCAAAACUAGCAGAAAUUUUUGAGGGCCUUCACACCGCAUACAACUUAAUAGAAUCACGGUUAAGAGCAGAACAAGUAAAACAACGGAUAAUGCAGUGCUGUAGAGCAUGGGAGGAGUGGGCUAUUUAUCCUCAUGAAUUUCUUAUACAUCUACAAAAUUUGUUUUUAGGUCUUGUUAAACGGGAGCCUGACAUGGAACUCCCAGAAGAAAUGAUGAAAACAACUGUAUGUGUUGAGCCAGUGAAAACCCAAGAUGUUGAUGGUUAUCCUCUUGAUGAUGUAGAUGGAAUUCCUAUUAAAGAAGAAGACAGAGAUGAUCUUGAUGGGAUACCUCUAAUUAAAAGUGAUGCCAUUUCUGCGCUGAUGGGUUAUGAGGAUGAUGAUGAUGAUGACAUUGAUGGAGCACCUCUGGAUGAAGAUGUAGAUGGUGUUCCAUUGAAGGAUGGAGGGAUGAUGAACAAUGGACCAGCUCCUGGGUUUGUCUCCUCAAAAUGGGAAAGUGUUAGCCCAAAGCGUGUACAAGCUCAGGCCGUUACAACUUCAAAGUGGGAAGUAAUUGAAGCCAAUCAGAGUGGAGAUGAUGCCGCCACAAAUGGCUCUGAUAGUACCCCAGUCUAUGACCGUUCGGGAUCAGUAACACACAUGAACCAAAAUAGUCAUGAUGAUGAUGACCUUGAUGGUAUUCCCCUAGUUUAUGAUGAUUACAAGAGAAAGAGAAGAGACUCUUCGGAAGACGAUUCUCAGUCACAAGACAACACAUCGGAGUAUUCUGAAGACUCAAGAGGAUUUGAUAGAUUACAGGGGGAUGUAAGUGAGGAACGUCGUGCAAAGUUACGGGAAGUAGAAAUUAGAGUUUUGCAGUAUCAGGAUGAAUUAGAGCAAGGUUUAAGAUCUCUGAAAAGUGGGUAUUCUAUUCACCGACAGGUUGCGCAUUAUCGUCAUAAAAUGAUGAAAAAGAUAGAGAGAGAGGAGGGUAGUGAAAGAAGGCACCAUCGUCAUAGGAGCAGGAGUUCAACGCCUGAAGAAAGACGGCCAACAAAACGUUCAAGAUCACCACACAAGUCUCGCCAUCGUACGCAUUCAAGAUCGCCAUCUCGUAAACGUAGGUCUAGGUCUCCACGAAAAAGAAGAUCCCAUUCACGUUCUCCAUCUCGUAAACAUAAGAAAAAAAGUAGACAUUAGUAGUUUAAAGUUGGGUAUUGACUUUUUAAAAAUGGACAAACCAACCAAAAUUAGCGCCAGCAAAAUUGGGGUCUGAAAACUCUGAAGUUAUAGAAAUAUUUUUACCAGUGACAUUUAAAGUACAAACUUCAAUAAAAUCUUACGUGAUUCGUGGUUGGUUAAAAAUAUAAAUUAAUAAAAACUCCAAAGGUUGUUUGCACUGAGGAAGCUUUGUUGUUUUUUGUCAACGUGGGAGACUGUGGUAUUGCUUCCCAGGUGUCCUUUCCCCUUCUCUCCUUUAACGUAUCCCGAGAAAUCAACAGAAUUAAAAUUAUGGUUAAUUUAUGUGCAGCCUUUGUCAUCCUGAGAUAGUGUAUUUGUUAUCAGUUAUUCCUGCCACCUGAUUGUUAGUCAUUGGAUAAUACCAGAAUUGUGUGGGCUUCUGUGUUUUUAUUGACAGGUGCUGUACAAAAAAUACUUUGAAUAUGAAGAAGGUACUGUGUACCUUUAGUUUUUUUUUUUUACUCUAUGGAAAAAUGUAAAAAAAAUUAUCUUACAAGUCUUGCUCUAAACCAAUGUUAUUUUUACAAAAAUGUAUAGUAUUUCAA